GUCCCUGAAUUUUGACAGAUGGCGCUACAUUUGACGUCAACAAACCGGAUCGAUUUUCUGCAAAGUUCCAAUAAAUUGUCUAAAGAUUUGUCAGGAGCGAACACAGCGUCACAGAAAAGCAUAGAGAUUAUUUCAUUCGCUUUUUGGAGUUGAAAGCAGAACAGUUAUAUUCAGAUUAUUUCAUAUUAUGUGUGAUGUAAAAGCUGAGUAUGGCAGGUAGUGAAACAUCUGGUUUGCCUAGUAACAGACUGAAACCAAAUUGUACUGUCAUUAUAGACACAUCGCCAGGAUAAUAUUGUAACACCUUCAGUUUAGGGACAGAAGUUACUAAAAGAUUUCAAAAUGUCCGAGUACUACAAAAAGUAUUUUUGUCCUCGAUUGUUAGACUACAUCGUGAUUGUCGGUAGUCGGCAUCACAAUAAUAACAAUAACGUUGCUCAGACACCAGAAUUGUUGAGGCGUUACCCACUUGAAGAUCAUGCAGAUUUUCCGCUUCCUACAGAUGUGAUAUUCUUUUGCCAGCCUGAAGGUUGUAUAAGUGUAGGUCCAAAACGUAUGAGUCUUCGAGAAACAACGUCUUUUGUAUUUACACUGACAGAAAAAGAUUCUGGUAAAGUAAGGUAUGGAAUGUGUGUUAACUUUUUUCGCCCGUUUGAAAAACACCGCGGGGAGAGGAGACAACACAGUAGUAGUUCCGAUCGUCAAUACAGUACUGGUAGUUACACGGAAGGAAAUAGGACACUUUCAAAUUUACAACACAAUGACUCUGAAUCUAGGUCACCACGAACUAGUAGGAGAGCGAAAACUGCUUCGCGUGUAAGAAAUAACACAUUAACGUCACUAUGCAUUAUAAGUCAUCAUCCAUUUUUCUCAACAUUUCGGGAGUGUUUGUUCAUACUUCGUCGCCUCAUUGAUGCGUGUCAUGAAAGAAGUUGUGCAAGAAGAGUGGGCGGAUCAAGAAGCAUGUCACGGGAUACUGUGUGGGGUGUUUUGACGGGCCAGGGCAGCGAUAACGUUUCAAGCCUCGUGGUUCAUGAGAUCAGAGAGAUUGAAACAUGGGUGCUACGACUGCUGAGUGCCCCUGUACCUGUUCCAGGGAAAACCAAAGUCGAGAUUCAGGUGUUACCCAGAGAUGUACAGCCUCCUUUGUUGUUUGCACUGCCAGAUCACACUAGGUUUUCUUUGGUAGAUUUCCCGUUACAUCUGCCGUUAGAGCUUCUUGGGGUAGAAACUUGUCUCAAAGUUCUCACUGCUAUUAUGCUGGAGUUCAAAAUAAUUAUGCAAUCUCGAGAUUACAACGCACUGACAAUGAGUGUUAUGGCAUUUGUGUCGAUGUUGUAUCCGUUAGAAUAUAUGUUCCCUGUGAUACCAUUGCUGCCAACGUGUAUGUCAUCAGCUGAACAGCUAUUGUUAGCCCCCACCCCCUAUUUGAUAGGAGUUCCUGCCAGUUUUUUCUUGUACAAAAAAGAUUUCUUGUUACCGGAGGAUAUAUGGCUCGUUGAUCUCGACUCAAACAAGAUUACAUGUCCUUCACAGCAUGGCCACAAUGAAUUACCUCCCAUGGCAGAACCAGAGGGGACAAUUCUGAAAAAUCAUCUCAAACAGGCCCUUACAAGCAUGAGUAUGACACCACAACCAAUUAAGAAUUUAGACGCUCUUGCUCAAAAUCCAGAGAUGUGGAAACGAAGAGAAAGUUUCUCAUCAACGACAGGGUUCAAUCCUCUCAUCUACGGCAACGAUGUGGACUCUGUAGAUGUUGCCACAAGAGUUGCCAUGGUGAGGUUUUUCAACUCGGCAAACACUUUGGGAAACUUCUCCGAGCAUACAAGGACACUGAGACUAUAUCCCAGACCUGUUGUAGCCUUCCAGUUAUACAGUUUCCUGAAAUCAAGACCGGUGAAGACACAUUUUACCCACAGAUUGGCUAAAACUCAGGCUGUUGAAUAUUUUGGUGAGUGGUCUCUGUGCCCACAGAAUGUUGCCUUCCUGCGAGUGCAGACCUCUGUGUUUGAUCCUCUGUUGAUAGGAGACAAGGCCAAAUGGUACGCCAAUCAGCUGCAGCCUAUAGUAUUCCGUGUUUACGAUGACGCGUCCUCUAUGGGUGCUGCCCUGAGUUCAGCUUCCGAGGUUGUCAGUGAUGACUACCCUACUGAUGAAAGUGGCAGUGACAGUGAUGGAGCAGAGUCUACAUCGUCUUCUUACUCUUCUCUUAGUGACUUUGUUACCGACAUGGUGAAUAGUGAGAUUGAUGGAGAUACUCCUUCAUUUCUCCCGGAGAAUCAAGUUUUAGCAGUAGAUGAGUCCAAAGUGUACAACCCACCAGACAGAUUGCAGUUACCUGAUUCAUCGUUACCGAUGAGUGACUCAGCCCACUCUCACAAUGACAGUGAAGAUGAUGAUGCUGGUGACUCGUCCGAUAGCUCGUACUCAAGUAGUCCUAGAUAUGCUCCGGAACCCGAUUCUGUUGCCAUCACCAAUCCAAAUAUGCAAGAGAUGGAACCAUCCAAAGAAUUUCGAUAUGAUUCCGGAAAUAUCACGCCCACAGGGAGACACAGGAUUAUAAGCCGUCAGGACAGCAGUGGUUCAGGAAGUCCCCCACCCCCAGGGAGGACAAGACCUCCACUACAACCUCUAAACAAGAGCAUUAACUCUGCUUUCGAAUCAUAUGAGAAGCCACCCAGUCCUAGGGAUAGAGUGCCACCCAGUUCUAGAGAAAAACUACCUGCUGGUUCGGCCCAGAGGGUGCCAACAAGUCCUAGACUUCCACCAAGCCCCAGAGACAGAGCCCCUCCCAGUCCCAGAGACUUAAAUCCACCAAGUCCCAGGAUGCCACGGGUGCCUCCUCCAAGUCCCAGCAUGGGUCGAGAGAGAUUUGGAUCCCAGGGCAGUACAGGAAGUCAAGACAGUGGCAAGGGUGGACCAGCGGUACCACGAACCUUAGGCAUGCUUCACCCAAACAAAAAUGGAACAAAGUCUUCAUCAUUAGAUGGCACAGAUAAUAAGCAACCUGGAGUACCAGACCGGGGAGCGAGCCCAUCUUCACUGAUCUCUACCCUCAGUAGUGACUUGACAGACUUUGCACACAAUGCAAGCAGUACCUUGUCUGAGUUGUUUGGAUUGUCCGAUAAGAAAGGUUCAAAAGCAGGUCCAACCCCUCCUAUUCCAAUAACUGCUGGCCCCCAGCAUCAGAAGCCAGCCCCCAAACCAUUCGCUCCCCUCGGCAACAGGAAGGCUUUGGUAGAGAAGUCGGGUCUAGUGAAGCACGCAACCAACAGGAAACCAACAAGUAAAGAGAAACAGAAAGCAAAUGAAACCAAAGGCACUUCCAACAGUGAGAAUCAGCAGUUCCUGAAGGAAGUAGUCAGUAGUGUACUGGAAGGUCAAGGUAUCAGCUGGUUAAAGAUGGGAAGGGUGAAGAAACUGCUUGAAGAUGAGAAUUACCGUAACUUUAUGAUCAGUAGACUCAACAAGAACCUUGAUAAGAAACUCACCGAUGAUGAUAUACAUAUAGAAGAUGUGGCUAUAUCGAAGGCUGUGUACAAAGGUAUGCUGUCGUUACUGAAGGCAUUUGUACAUGGUCUAGAGACAACAUUCCAGAACUAUGGUAUAGGCGGUAUGGCGAGCGCUUUCAUGGUGCUUGAGAUUGCCCACACCCACCACUGGGCGCGGGAACAUACGGGCAGUAACAAAAGUGAUACCUCACUCACACCAGAGCUGAAUUCUCCUUACGGAAGUCAAGAGAGCCUGUCCAUCAAGGGAGAUGUGUCGCCGAGAAAUCCCGAUUCCCAGAGUUUGAACGAAGAAUCCAUGGUUGCUGCCCUUGGGCAACACCAGAGGCCGUCCCCUCUUUCUUCCCUACCUUAUGGCAGCUGGAACCCUGAGCACCCGCAAGGACACCUGCACAGACACAACAGCUCCCCAGGAUCUCCGGUGAUUGUGAAUGGAGAUGAGUUUGAGAACAUUGAGAUGGUACACAACAAUAUGUCGGAAGAUCACCCGUACAAAUUGUCUGGCCAACAUGGGCCUGAUAUGAACAGAAAUAUUACCAACACAAACCAGAAAUGUGACAUUAUUAUCACUGGAUCGACGGAUGAUCGUCAUCGGAAUAUCCAUCAGCAUUCUUUGUCGUCGCCAUCUUCAGACAGGGACGUAAUGUUAGAAAUGGUAAAAAACAAAGGACUUAUCAAAACUGCAAAAAUAGAUCAAAGAGUGAGCAGUAUAGACUCAGACAUGUCGGAGGCAAGUACCCUGGUUAGUGUUGCUUCUGAUAAGACCGGACUGGAUGAUAAGGGUAGGCGGCGCUCCAGGAUUAACCACCACUCUAUACGAGGUUUCGUCUCGGACUCCGAAACCGAGACAACAGGGGGUAAGGGAAGUGUAAAAAAGGGUCGCUCAUCAAGUUUAUACAGUAAUAAGAGCAGUCUGAGUACAGGCUCGAGGUACCGAGAGGGUCAGAUGAUCUCAACAUCCCCUAUACCAGGCACCCCAGAAAUCACUAAAACAUACCUGUUUGAAGGUCUCAUAGGUAAAGAGAGGAGUAGACUUUGGGAUCAGAUGCAAUUUUGGGAGGAUGUUUACCUAGAUGCUGUAGCCCAGGAAAGAGAUAUUAUUGGCAUGGACCAGGGACCAGCUGACAUGAUGGACAGGUACAAUUCGUUAGGUCCUGGUGAUCGUAAGAGACUGGAACAUGAUGAGGACAAACUUCUAUCUGUGAUGCUGUACAAUCUUGUUGGUUUUAUGGUCAUGACGAAGGUCCACAAGCCAGAGAUCAAGAAGAAGGUCCGCCGACUCCUCGGAAAGUCUCACAUGGGCUUAAACUAUAGUCAAGAAAUUAACAACCUUCUAGAUAAAAUUGAAACCUUGCAUGGAAAUGAUAUUGACCUACGACCAAUGGGGAGUCGAUUUAUGCAGAAACAGUCAUUUACAGUUCAUUGGGGCAGUGAUAAUAAGGGAGAUAUGCUUUUCAUGGAGGUUUGUGAUGACUGUAUUAUAUUACGAAGUGUGACUGGUGCAAUAUGCGAUAGAUGGUGGUAUGAGAAACUUGUCAAUAUGACUUACUGUCCGAAAACAAAGGUUCUGUGUUUAUGGAGAAAACUUGGUGACAAGGUGCAACUUAACCAAUUCUAUACAAAGAAGUGUCGUGAGCUGUAUUUCUGUGUGAAAGAGGCUAUGGAGAAGGCAGCUAAUAGAAACAAUAGUAAAAUACCAGGGAUUUGUCGAUGGACGAAGACAAGUAAAAUCGUUGAAAUGCCACAUACCAUUUUUUCAGGCCCUGAACUUGGGGGCGAGUUUCCAGUGCAAGAUGUAAAGUCAGGGCAGGGUGGGUUACUACAAGUUUGUAUGGAAGGCAUAGGUUUGCUACUAGCCAAUAGUAAGUCGUUUAUAGAGCUAAAUCGUAUCAAGAAGUGUUUUACCCUGAAGGGAGAGAUAUUUAUUCUUGAAGAAUUCGAUUCCAAAAGUAAGCAAGUAAUACAGCACCGUUUUCAAUCCAGUAUGGCAAAUUCGAUAGGAAUGACUAUCCAUCGUGUUAUAACUGUUCAAGUUGCCAAAAUAGAACAACAAAUCCGGGAGAGGCAAGAAGGCUUCAAAGUGUAGCAAAGCUGACCAGAUCUGUUACGCAGUAUUGUGUGUUUUUUCUUAUGUUGCUGCUGGAAACGAGCUAAAGGACCAUCAUCGGAAGCAAACUUGACCAGAGUAGAGUCUUUCUAAUUUUUUUUCUCUUCUAAAAUGUCCCUCAGGAGGUAUUUACCAGUUGUGUUCAUACAACACAUAGUGUCAUUUUGUCCAUACUAAUGAAUUGAAUUACUGAUUAGGUCCAGGCACUCGUGCAAUGAUUACGAUUAUUCUAUUGGUUCUGUGGACUAGUUCAAAGUAAAAAUGCUGAUAGUAAAUCAUUCUGCGAAAAUAAUGCUGAAGUAAUAUUUAUAUUUCUCAUUUAAAAUAAGAGAUGAGACGUCGAAUAACGUAUUUUUAUGCGUUGUAAAACGAGUAUUAAUUUAUCAAAUGGUGCUUUAAUUAUGUCAUUGACCUCGAAAAUGUGUGUAUUUACAUCAUGUGUGCAUUUACGUCCUUGAAACAUUAUUAGUAAUAAAUAUAUGAAGAUAUAGUUGCUUAUUUUUCUCGUAAAUUACUUUUAUAAAUCAUGUUUAAAUCUGUCUGAUUUUGUCUUUCAUUGUUCAAACAAACAUGAUUAUUUUUUGUACAGGAAAUCUUUAAAUAUAUAAAUAUUCUAUUUUUUCGACUUUUGAAAGUGUCUUUGCGUCUAUUGUUUGACACUGUACAUGUCUUAAUUAAAAGUGUAAAUAUUUGUCAAAACCCGACCUUGAUAUAAAUGUGUAUUGUUUUGUCAAUUUUUCUGCGUUGUUUAUUGUUAAAACUACUUGUUGAAUGAAAAAAAUGGCAGAUUAAUUGUUACAGAGGUCACCGAAGGGUUUGAAACGAAUGUUUAUACUUUUAAUUUUCGGCUAUACUGUAGCUUGCGUAAUACUGGUCAUAACAUUUAUGUAAGUACAUUAUAACUCGCGGUUUAUUUUUGUGCAUUUUCUUGCUAGUUGUUUAAUGCUUUGUAAUAUUUAAGGGGUAAUAAUUCACAGAUAUGAAUGGAAAAUACAAUGAACAUAUACACAAUUACAUAGACAUUUUUUACAAACUUUAACAAGAGACUCUACUCUGGUCAAAACUUACCAAUGGGUGAAAUAUUUAUACAGAGAAAGUUGUUUUAGAAGUUGAUUACAAAUAUUAUGACAUAAAAAGAAUACAGUGUAUUAAAAACAAAUAAGAACAGACCUUUGGUACGAUGUUUAGUUCGGUAAUUGCAGUCCUUAAAAUCCUGUCACUCAUUAAAACAGAACAGACAAAUUCGAAAUGUCAUUUUUUAGAAAAAGAUUUAAAAUUUUAAUAACCUGGUUAUCUUUUAGGUUGUUUAUUUUUUCUGAUAAAGUUAUACAACUUCAUCGCAGUUUCUAUUUAGCCUUGUAACUUCUGUUCAUUGAUAAGACUGCUAUAUUUAAGACAUUUUAAUUGUCCUAGUCACGGCACCAAAUACAAACACACAAGAAGUUUUAAUGUCUGACAUACAUUUCUAGGGCUGGCAAGUGACUGAGAGCAGCUUUGUUAUUUUUAUUUGUUAUAUGUCUUUGCUGUUUGUUCACAUGUGUUAAACACGCUUUGUAGAUAUACGUUAUUUUAUAUUUCUAAUUCAUCAUAUAUGAAAAAUAUUCUAAUUAUAAAUAGCUUUAUUUACAUUGAGAGUUUUAUGUUUACAUGCUGUGUACAGUGCUUUUCAGCCUUCUGGAAUUGAAGCUCAAAAUCUGUGUUAAAUACUAGUAUGUUAUAUAUGUAUAAAUGUUAUUUAUGAAAAUAUAUGUAAAUUUGUUGUUGAAUUUAUUCAAAGUGAAUAAGUUUGUAUUUAUGAUUCUGUAGCAUUCAAAGAAUCUCGCAUGGAAACAGUAGGAUUGUUCUAGUUAGUGCAUUUGUAAUAUAAUUUUACUUAUUUCUACAUGUCAGCUUACGACUACCAGUAGGUUCGGAGAAGUUAAGUUAUAAUACGCUUACAUGCUUAAGAAUAUAUACCCUAGCAAAAUAAAUAGCAGUUACAGAACUCUACGAAAGCAAAUUAAAUGACCAUUCCUCUAAUAAAUUCAGACACUGUGGUAAAUACUCUGAUUACGUUUUUCCUCUAAUAAAUUCAGACGCUGUGGUAAAUACUCUGAUUACGUUUUUCCUCUAAUAAAUUCUGACGCUGUGGUAAAUACUCUGAUUACGUUUUUCCUCUAAUAAAUUCAGACGCUGUGGUAAAAUCUCUGAUUACGUUUUUUAUCACCUAUUCUUAAUUUGUCUGUACAAAUGACCAUUUCUUGUCCAAGAUUAUUCAAUUGGCUUUAAUUAUCUAACCAUAAUAUUGUCUCAUUAUUAAAAAGAAGAAUAAUAUCCCGCUAGGUACGCACAUAUCUUACGAAAUCCAUUUUCUGUGUCAUAACGCAGUGGUAGUUCUGGAUGAUUAUAUUAAAUGUUCAAAGUGUAACCUGGGUAGCAUUGAACACAGACAUUGUGUAGUAAUGAUGGAUAUUGUUAAAGUUCCAUAAGGCUUUAAAUUUUAUGUAAAAACAAACUGAUGGACCAUGUGUCUACGUAGAUGUUAUGCAUAAUUACGUGGUUAGAAAAGCACUACUUUUAUCGUAAGAGGCGACUAAUAGGGUCUUAACACUUGGUUUUGCUGUAACUCUGUGAUUCCAGCAGGUAUACAGAUUUUGAUUCCAUACCUCAUGUUUUUAUUUCGAUGUAAAUGAGAUGUGAAACCAAAAUUUGUAGUCUUGUUUGGCGCCAUAUAACAUACACUGUGUUGGUGCGCCGUAAAACCCAAAUAAAUCAAUAAAUAAAAUCACUGCAUAUGAACAAAUGUUGUAAGAGCCAUAAAGGGAGAUAAUAAAAACGAUGGGUUUCAAUAAAACUUUCUACCAUGUCAGUCAAUAUUCAUAUCUUCGACAUACACUGGAGAAACAACUAUCAAAAAUGGAUUUAUGAAGUAAAUAAUAUAUUACCUGUUCAUAACAAAAAGUAUGGCAGCCACAUUAUCAACAAAGGCAUUAUGAGCCUUUAAAGAAUGUAACACUGAACCUUCUUUUAUCAAUAAUCGUACAAGUAGAACAGUUGUAGACCGCAAAUAUUGCAGUGAAAAUUAGGUAGAGCAUGUUGUUAUGUAGUUAUUGAUUACGUUUGGAAAUAUGUUAAUCUGUAUGAAAAGUCUCAAACGAUGUAACGUUUUUAUAAAGGUAAUUCGAUCGGGAAAUGUAGAAACACAGUGAAACGAUUUUCUUAACAAAGCUUGUGACGACAGAUACUUUUACAAACAUCAUUAAAAUUUUCUGAUAUUCUUUAUGUAUUGAUCGACUUAAAAUACUAUUUUCAUUGCACUACAUACUAGAAAAUACAAAGGAAACUCCAAAAUAUUUACAUAAUAUUACAGAAUGGUCUGGGUUUACUUUUCUGCUACCACGAUUUAGAAUGUGAUUGUUCAUGCAUAGUGAUUUUUAUCCAAAUUUAAAGGCAUCUUGAAAGAAUGCCAGUGCAAUAUUGUUAUGUAUGAUAUCCAAAAAUUGAAUAAAGUUAAUCACAGAUAUAAA